AAUUUUUGAAGUUAAAGGUGUCAAUGUCACUAAUAAUUGUCUGAAGUUUGCUAUUAAAUAAUAUCAAAUAUCAAUUGUGGUGACACUCUCCAAAAGUUAUUUACUAAUAACUACACCAAUAAUGCAUCUGGGCGUAAAUAUAUCAAAUGCUCUCCAACAGUUAGAAAGUGUAAAGACAGCUGUAGAUCAAAGUGAUGAUCCUAAACUAAAGGCAGCUACAAAUGAUGACCUUAACCUUCUGAUUAAUCUCUUAGAAAGUCCAAUUUUAAAAAGCAUUGCCACCUUACAUGAUUCUGUAGGAAUGCUUGCCACACAGGUUGCACAUCAUCCAUCUAUACUUCCUGAAGAUUUUGAUAUAACACCAGCUGGAGAUUUAGCAUUGCAAGCAAGGAACCUAUAUGGAGCUCAUGAAGGUGAAGAAGAACAGAGAGUGCCUCAAGUGUCUCCACCUCACAGUCUCGAGUUUGGAUCUGGAUCUGACACAGAACGAAUUCUUGGCCUCGAUAAUGCUUCCGUUGAUUCCAAUAUGUCCCCUAAGCAGAACCGUGGAUUACUAGAAAUGAAUAGAAAUGAUGACUCAUUGGUCUCAACGUCUACUAACAUUGUAGCUGGUGAUUGGGCCCAAGUUGAAAUAAUUAAUUUAGUGAAUGAUGGAACUGGACUUGGAUUUGGCAUUAUAGGAGCCAGAACAAGUGGUGUUAUUGUGAAGACAAUACUGGCGGGAGGUGUUGCAGACAGAGAUGGCAGAUUGAAAUCGGGAGAUCAUAUUUUACAAAUUGGUGAUGUCAGUCUGAUGGAGAUGGGUUCAGAGCAAGUGGCGGGUGUCCUUCGUGCUUCGGGGUCCCGAGUGCGACUGGUGGUAGCUCGUGCUGUGGACCCCGCAGACCCAGCUACCCUAAAUGCUUCAGCUGCUCCACUAGUGCCCGCUAGACUCCUUUCAAGCCCUGAAGCGUUAGAUCGUUACUUGAUGGAAGCUGGUUUUGAACAAGUAUUCCACACUCAGCCGACUCCGAUAGCCCUGAACACUAAUGUGUCGAGAUUUGUUUUCGAUAGUUCAAUUACCCCUCCUCCCGACUCAGAUGCAGAAUCACCUGAAGUAGACAGAUUCACGGUGCAGUUAAAGAAAGAUGAAAACGGUCUUGGGAUUACAAUCGCAGGAUAUGUCUGUGAAAAGGAGGAGUUGUCCGGUAUUUUCGUGAAGUCAGUGACCCCUGGCAGCGCUGCCGCGCUCAGCGGUAAAGUGAGGGUCAACGAUCGUAUAAUAGCUGUUGAUGGAGUGUCCCUCGCUGGAAAGUCCAACCAGAGAGCGGUAGACGCUCUCAAACAGAGCGGAAAUGUUGUUACUCUGGAACUUGAAAGAUAUCUCCGCGGUCCUAAGUUCGAGCAACUGCAGCAGGCGAUAGCUGCCGGCGAGUCGUCGACGGCGCCGCCCGCUCACAACCCCUUCCUCCACAUGCACCGACCUGAACAUUCGGACGACAUGACGUCACAGACCACACACCUCCCACCGCCUGUGGAGAUGCCGGUAGAAGAACCCGAGACUCCGUCGGUCCCCGCAUUCGAGAUGCCUCGCACGCAGGAACAGAAAGACGCCAUAAAGAGGAAAUGGCAGUCUAUACUUGGUGAUGACGUGGAGAUUGUUGUGGGUGUGGUGGUACGUGGUGGUGGUGGUCUGGGGAUAUCUCUGGAGGGUACCGUGGACGUGGAGGGAGGGAGAGAGGUUAGACCACAUCACUACGUACGGUCUGUACUACCGGAAGGACCGGUCGGGAGGGCCGGGGUUCAUCGACCCGGGGACGAAUUACUCGAGGUGAACGGUCACCGUCUGCUGGGUAUGAACCACCUGGAGGUGGUGUCGAUCCUGAAAGAACUGUCCAGCGAGGUGUGCAUGGUGUGUGCGAGACCGAGACCAGCGCCGCCGCUAGACCUCGCGCCGCCCGCGGCUACACUCGUUAAGGCGAAAUCGGAUGGCAGUCUAGCGGGCGCGGGGGCGGAGGACGGGGGGUCAUUGACCGCAGGUGGAAAGGUUCGGUCAAGGAGUCUCGAACCACUCACAGGACUAGCGAUGUGGGCGUCCGAGCCACAGAUUAUUGAGCUGGUGAAGGGCGAACGAGGUUUGGGCUUCUCCAUCCUUGACUACCAGGAUCCCCUGCGUCCCUCGCACACCCUGGUGGUGAUACGGUCCCUGGUGCCGGGCGGCGUGGCCCAGCAGGACGGCAGGCUCAUACCAGGCGACAGGCUCCUCUUCGUCAACGAACAGAACUUGGAGAACGCUAGUCUAGAACAAGCCGUCGCUGCUUUAAAGGGCGCCCCCCGUGGCGUGGUCCGUAUUGGGGUGGCGAAGCCUCUACCACUAACCGACGGUCCCCCACCACUACCGGCUACCUCCCCACCACCACACCACUAGAUGCACUCAUAAAUACACUCUCAUUAAUACAUUUUAUUAUAGAAAAUCAUUUUUGUCAAUUCCAAUAAUGUAAAAGAACUUUAUUUAAAACAAAAGCCACUUCUACAUCAGAUGUAACCCACAUAACUAUCACAUGUUCUAUAACAGUAGUUAUAUAACAAAGAAAAUCUGAGAUGUUUGUGAUUUAAAUAAUAUUUAUUCGGGUUUCUUUCCGCACUGCAUUUCUUCUUUUAAUUAAUAAUUACUGCUAAUAAUUACUGCUUGUAGGUAAUAGUAAUAUUUUGUUUAUCAAAUAAAUUGGUUAUAGUACUUCAUGAGACUGUAUGAACAUUCCUUUUAGUUUCAUGUUAAAAGAAGGUGAUUUUGAAGUUUAAAUUUAUAAAUUAGUAUAUAUAUAUAUAUAUAUAUAUAUAUAUAUAUACUUUCUACAAAUUAAAUUGCAUUCUUCUAAGUAGAUGUAAGUUCAUGAGUAUUAUUAUAUAUUGUUUUUAUAUAAACAUGUUAUGUACUUAAUAUUUUUCAAAUCACUAUACGACCUCGUUCUUUAGUAUAAUAAAUUUAAUCAUGUUAUAAACGGUCAAUAAAUAGCCCCAAAUAUAAA